AUGAGUGACGCCGAGUCCCCCGCCGACAAGCUCCACCAGGACAACCACCAGGACAGCCACCAAGACAACCACCAAGACAACCACCAAGACAACCACCAAGACAACCACCAAGACACGACCUCCCCCGAAGCCAGAAUGGUGGAGGACAAACCCACCGUCACCGCACAGUUAAAGGGGCUGAACGGGCGCCUGUCGUACGCGAUCGCGGCAGCGGCGCUGGGCUCCGCCUUCCAGCAUGGAUACAACACCGGAGUGGUCAACGCACCGCAGGCAUUGCUGGAGGAUUUCAUCAACACGACCUCGUACGAGAGAACGGGGAUACCCCUCGAGGAAGCAAACACGAAACUCAUCUUUUCGUGGGCCGUCUCGAUCUUCUGCAUCGGCGGGAUGAUCGGUGGCGCCCUCACCGGAUACAUCGCCGAUAAGUUCGGCAGGAAGGGUGGCUUGCUCCUCAACAACUUCUUUGCGGUGUUGGCAGCAGCGCUCGAAGGAUUCGCCAAGAUGGCCAAUUCCUACGAGAUGAUCAUUGCCGGUCGAUUCUUCAUCGGGUUGAAUUCGGGCCUCAAUGCCGGUCUGGCUCCCAUGUAUCUCACCGAAAUCUCGCCCGUUCACUUGAGAGGCGCUGUGGGGACGGUGUACCAGCUCGUGAUCACGAUAUCCAUUCUCAUCAGUCAGAUCUUCGGGAUGCAGUCGCUGCUGGGGACGGCCGACCGCUGGCCGGUGCUCUUGGCCAUAACGGUCGUGCCGGGGAUCUUCCAGCUGGUCACGCUCCCCCUCUGCCCGGAGAGUCCGAAAUUCAUGUUGAUCAUCCAGGGUAAGGACGUGGACGCGCAGCGCUCUCUCGCUUGGCUCCGGAACUCCAUAGACGUGCACGAGGAGAUGGAAGAGAUCAGGAACGAGUACGAGAGCAUGAAGCUCAUCCCGAAGCCGAACAUGUGGGAGAUGUUCACCAAUACGAGUCUGCGGUUCCCGCUCAUCAUCUCCUUGAUGAUGAUGCUCUCGCAGCAGCUGUCCGGUAUCAAUUGUGCAAUCUUCUUCUCGACGGAGAUCUUCAAGACGGCGGGGUUGAACGAAGAGAAGGCGCAAUAUGCGACUCUGGGCAUGGGCAUCAUGAACGUGUUCAUGACGGUCAUCUCGCUGAUCCUGGUUGAAAAGGCUGGACGGAAGACCCUGCAUCUGACUGGACUCAUUGGGAUGUUCGUCUGCACCAUCCUCCUUACCAUCUGUCUUGCUCUCAAGGAAUACGCAGAGUGGCUGAGAUAUCUGUCGGUGUUGCUGGUGAUAUUAUUCGUGGUUAUGUUCGCCACGGGUCCCGGCUCCAUCCCCUGGUUCCUGGUUACCGAGCUCUUCACUCAAGGUGCGAGACCCCUCGCCACCUCCAUCGCCGUCGCCACCAAUUGGGCUGCGAACUUCAUCGUCGGACUCUGCUUCCUGCCUCUGGCCGUUGCGCUGGGGCCGUACGUUUUCCUCAUCUUCUCGGGUCUUCUCUUCUUCUUCGCUGCUUUCACCUUCAGAUAUGUCCCGGAGACGAAGAACAGAACCAUCGAAGAAAUCUCGGCCAUGUUCAGGCAGCGAUCUUAUCAAUGAAUGUGAUUAGAAAGAGAAAAUCGAUCCAGUCGCUUUUACAUGUGUGUCGGUGUGAAUGGGGCCAUUCGGCCGCUCGCUUGCACGGUCCCUUCCGUUUUUAUAUGAUUACGUUUUAGAGAGAAAGUGGAGAUUUUGUGUGUUCGGGGAUUCGUCUCCCGUCGUGUAGAUUGCAUCCAAAGAUAUUUGAGCAAUUCUAUUUCCAGGUGCCCAUUCCCGCUGCGAAUGGCUCGAAGGAAAAGGCCUGAUUUAGUUCCUGCAAUAAGAAAAGGUUAUCGGUCUGUCCGUCUCUCACUUUGUCUGUUUCGUCGUCUGUAGUCUGUAUCGAAGCCAAAGGGUGCAAUACACAUUUUCUUUGUUACCACCGGUCAA